CGGCCGGACGGCGCGGGGCGGCAUGGCGGACUCUCCGCGGCGCGCGAAGCGGGGCUCGUGGGUGCGGGCGCGCAAGGCGCGACCCCAGCCGGCGCUGGGCCGCCGGCGCCGCCGCCGCCUCGAGGCGGGCCGCGGGGGGGGCCGGAAGCGCCUGCGGCGGCGGGUGCUGCAGGCGCGCGCGGCGGGCGCCGACUGGCGGGAGGGCGCGUGCGAGGGGCCGCGCGGCGCCGAGCCCGGCCCGGCCGCGGCCCCCGCCCCCGCCCCGGCCCCCGCCCCCGCCGCGGCCCCCGACCCCGCCCCGGCCCCCCGGACCCGCAGCCGCCACCCGUGCAUCCCCGUGCCGCGCGCCCUGGGCCCGGACCGCGUCCUGCUGCUGCUGCCGCUCGAGCAGGGCUACACGUUCAGCGGCACCUGCAGGCUCACCUGCGUCCUGGGGCAGGUGCAGGUGCUGGGCUGCACCCUGGGCCGCGGCCACGCCCGCGACCUGUUCUCCACCUACACGCACGUGCGCCUGACCAUCAACGCCGUCCACUACCCGGCGCCCGAGCGCAGCGACAAGGAGAUCAGGAAGGACGUGCACGCCGCGCUGAGGCCCUACUGCAGGCUGGAGGACCGGAACUGGGUGGUACAGAAGUACUCCCCUCUGUGCUCCGUGGUCUUGCUGGAGCGCGUGAAGAGCACCGUGAUGAACUACAUAGCCAGCCACCCGGGCCUGUCCACCGUCUUCGUCCAGGAGUCCCACAGCCAAGUCUCCGCGAGCACCAAAAAGACAAUUCGAGAGCUGCAGAACAUCGGGAUCAAGAAGGAGAAGGUGAAGAGUGGCCUGGAGAUGUCCGAGAGUGCCCUCUCGGCCCUGGAGGAGCUGGUCAGCCUGUCCUGCGAGGAGGUGGACGGCUGCCCUAUCAUCAUGGUGUGCGGGCAGCAGGACAUUGGGAAGUCGACGUUCAACAGAUACCUCAUCAACCAGCUCCUGAACAGCCUCCCGUGCGUGGACUACCUGGAGUGUGACCUCGGACAGACGGAGUUCACCCCUCCCGGCUGCAUUUCCCUCCUUAACAUCACGGAGCCGGUCCUUGGGCCCCCCUACACCCACCAGAGGACGCCCCAGAAGAUGGUGUACUUCGGGAGGACCUCGUGCCACAACAACUACGAGGGCUACAUCGAGGCGGUGAAGUACGUGUUCGCCACCUACAAGCGGGAGGCCCCCCUGGUCGUCAACACCAUGGGCUGGAUGACAGACAAGGGCCCGCUGCUGCUCGUCGACCUCAUCCGCAUCCUGGCGCCCAGCCACGUGCUCCAGUUCUCCUUCGAGAGUCGCAGCAAGCACAUUCCGGACAUCACGGCCAGCUACGUGGACGCCACGGACGGGCUGUACACCAGGAGCACGGCCCGGGCGCGCAGCCGGGGCUCGAGCUUCCUGCCCGAGCUGCCCGAGCCGGAGCUGGCCGAGGACGAGAGGGCGGGCCCUGCCAUGACCGCCUCACACAAGCUCAUCCACAUCCGAUCCGAGUUCACCAUCCGGAGAUUCGGACGCAACAGGGAUCCGUUCAACAAGGUCCUGCGGGACCUGGCCGUGCUGGGCUACCUGAGCCUUCUGCAGCCGCCCGCGCCCCAGCCCCUGCGGCCUCUGCAGGCCCUGACGCCCUACCAGGUCCCUUUCAACGCCGUGGCGCUGCGGGUCCUGCAUUCCGACGUGGCCCCCACCCACAUCAUGUACGCGCUGAACGCCAGCUGGCUGGGCCUGUGCCGGAUAGCGGAUGAAGUGCGUGGGUACAAGGACGGGCCCGUCCUGCUGGCCCAGAGCCCGCUGUGCGACUGCCUGGGCUUCGGCAUCUGCCGGGGCGUCGACAUGGAGAAGAAGCUCUACCUCAUCCUCACGCCCGUGCCCCCGGAGCAGCUGCGCACCGUCAACUGCCUGCUGCUCGGCGCCGUCUCCAUCCCCAGCUGCGUCAUCAAGAACCAGAGUGGCCCGGAAGGGACCAUCCCCUACACCACCACCGACUACAACUACAAGCUCCCGGGCGCCUCGGAGAAGAUCGGGGCCAGGGAGCUGGAGGAGGGGGUGGAAGAGAGGCUGCCGCCCAGAGAGAGGCCGCGCAGGAAGAAGUCGGAGCAGGGACUCUUGUGAGGGGCCGCGGGGGCCCCCGAGCAGUGCCCGCCGCUGUCCUCCGGAGGGGGCGUGGCCAGGACGUCGUGGACUGGAGCGCUCCGUGCGUUACACAGGCCCGAAGCUGUCGGGGCCGGCUCCCGGGUCGCACGGCGAGGGCAGGUGGCCUCGGGCCUCCGGAGGGAGCCGUGUGUGCUGGCAGACGCCCCGUGGAGGGCAUGGGACCAAGGUGGGCCCGCCUGCGGGCCAGGCCGCGCCCAGCACCCCGGGACAUCUCCAAGGCGCUCUCGGGUUUUUUUGUUUUACUUCCAAGCCGCACCCAGUGACGCUGAGGGCGACUCCUGGCCCCGCGCUCACGUCACUCCUGGUGACAGGACAUGCGGGGUGCCGGGGACUGAGGGGCCUGCUGCAUGCCAGGCCGGCCCUUUCCCCGCCGCCCCCUCCCCAGCCCCGUCUGUGUAUCUGGGUUAAUGCUGAAAAAGUCGCUCGUCAGUUCUGA